ACCUCGUUUUUUUUAUGUUGCGCGCGCACGUCACCCGCUUCCCGCCAAAAUACGAGCGCGAGGCCCCGGCGCCAUCGUCACCCGGCAGGCGAGUGUCGUCGCUCCUCCUUCACCCUCUCUCCUCACUUCAGCAAUCUCCUGUCUGCCCCCCACCUCCCCCGCAUCUCUCUGUGUCGUCUCUGCUGUGAAGGCGUCAAGCGAGAGGCGAGCGCUGCUCCUCACGACCGCGAUGAGGGAGACGACGGCGGGCGCCGCGGGGCCACUGCGCUCGGUCGUGAAGGAGAACGACGGUCUUUUUCUUCGUGUUUUCUUUGCAGAUGCCAGUGAAACAAAAGAACCGGGUGCUAAGAAACUUGUGCAAGCACGGCUGCCUUUUAAACGCCUGGACCCCCUCUCAAGGCAAAAUGGCCCUGGUACUCCAAAUGCAAAGCGCGCCAAGCUCUCGCCAUCAAAUCUGUCCAAGGAAGCAUUUCCCAAAGCCAAGCUGGUGAGCCUUUACGAGGGGGAUAAUGCAGUGAGCUCCAGUUCGGAGCACGUCAAUCACAAGGACAGCGUGCGGUGCGACAGGACAGGUGGCAAUCUGCCAUUGCUACGGGGUCCCCUGGACAAGCUCAUCAGCUCAGCCCAGGAGAGACAUAUAUCCACAACAAACGUCAUUGACUUGACCGAGGAGUCGAAUGAUGGGCUUGGAGAACAGGCGGCUGCUGCAGUGGAAGCAUCUAACGCUGUGGACCAAGACAGAGCUUGCGGUGUUAUAAAACCUGAAGUGGUAUUAAUAUCAAAGGCAGAGAUAACAUCUGAGCCUAAAAUGGAAUCAUCUACCUCAACGGAUUUGAAACCGGAAGUGACUGUUGUAGAUGUAAAUCCCAUGCCCUUAGAUGAUUCUACACUGAGUACGAAGUCCAACCUAUCUGAAGUGAAGCAAGAGAUUGAAGGCCAUGAGCAGAACUGUACAGUGGUAGAGGACCUGGACACAAGUUCUGAGCCCAUGGAUGUCGCUGAAAAUAUUUCUGAGAAUGCACAAGACUCGAAGACACUUGAAUCAUCUAAAACAUCUGAUGCCAGUAAGUGUGUGGAGAUAUGCACCACAAUAAAAGAAGACAAAGAACAUGAAGAAGAAACUUCCAAAGGUGAAGAAGAAACUUCAAAAGAUGAAGAUGAGGACACAUCUCAGGAAGAAGCUGAGGAGCCACAGAGUGAGAAUGUCACUCAGCCAGAGUCCCUGGAGCGUGUAAAGCCAUCAGGGUGUUUCGCUACUCCACAGCGGAAAAAGCUGCUGUCUCCGGCUACCUCCAGGAACGACUGUCCUGACACUCCAGCAUCCCAGGCCUCGGCAUUCAGCACCACCUUAAGCAGUUUGGACAUCUCCACCAACCUCUCCUCGGAGGAGAGUUUCUCUCAGGACAACAGCCCCGCUGCUUGUAAGAGCCUGCUGAGUGCAACAUCAAGCUCACUGACACUUGGGAGUGUCAAGAAGAGAACAGGUGUCCGUAAACAGAAAAUGGCAGAGCUGGAGCAGAAACAACGACAUCGGCAGGAAGAGAAGCUGGAGAAGGAGCGGCAGCGUGAGGAGGCUCGCCUGGCACGAGAGGAGUCUCGCCGCAAGAUCAAGGAGGAACGCGAGCAGAAGGAGCAGGAGAAAGCAGAGAAAUCUAAGCUCAAGGAGGAAAAGAAGCGCGAAAAGCAGGAGGCCAUAGAGUUAAAGCAGGAAGAAAAACGCAAGAAAGAGGAGGAAAAGAGUAAAAUGGAAGAAGAAAAGCGUAUGAAGAAAGAAAAAUCCAAAGAAGCUUUUGCCAGUUUUUUCACCAAGGGUAAAACUCCUCAGGCCCCCAAGACACUUACAGGGACCUGCGGACCAUUUGCGCCGUUUGAAAUAAAGAACAACAUGCGAGUGGCUCCUGUGCGGCGUGUGGAGGUGCUUCUUAGCGCUGUCGAUGAGGCUAUCGAGAGCCAGGCGACCCAGAACCUGUACCUACACGAGCUGAAGCGGCGCAAGCCAAAAACGAGCAAAAAAACAUACCCGUACGCCGACUCCAUCUGUACAGCUCAACUGGAGAGUGAACUGGAGAUCAUUGAGAAGGUGACGGAAAACAGAGUCUCCUUGGAGGAGCGGAAGAGGUUUGGCCGCAUGAAGCUACUGCAGUUUACUGGGAACAAUCGGCCUGCUUACUGGGGCACCUGGAGCAAGUGCAGCAAGCACAUCAACCCACGCAACCCCCUCGCCAAGGACAAAGAGUUGCUGGACUACGAAGUGGACAGUGAUGAUGAGUGGGAGGAAGAGGAGCCUGGGGAGUCCAUCUCGCACAGUGAAGGGGAGCAAGACGACGAGGAGGAGGAUGAUGAUGACGAUGACGACGGGUUCUUCGUUCCUCACGGUCACCUUUCUGAUGGGGAGGGCAACUCCGAUGGAGAGGGCAAGCUGAGCGCCGAGACAAAAAAGCUGCGUGAGCGUCUCAAGGCGAAGGAGUGGGAUGACCUGACGCGGACACAUCGCUGCCAGCGUCUGGAGCCUGUGGUGAUUGGUUGCGUGUGGGAGGGUGAAGGUGCGGACAGCGCAGCCCUACAAAAGCUGCUGCCAUACAAGGGCCAGCGCUUCGAUCUCGGAGCCGAGGAGGAGGAGGAGAAGGAGAAUGCCCAGGAGAUCAAGCAGCUCCGGGACAUGCAGAUCUUACGAGAACUCCUGCCCUUAGUGCAUGGCAACAUCAACUGCAGCAAAUUCAUGAUCGAGGAGUUCCAGGCGUGGUGGCUGCAACGGGAGACGCAGGAUGAAUCGCCGCCGAGGGAAACUACGCUGGAUACGAAGAAACGGCACAGGAACAGGUGGGACACGGCGCUGCCCUCCAAGUUGCGGUUGAAGCGUCUGAUCAAGGAGAGCGCCGUGUACAGGAAGCGCAACGAACUGAAGCGCGUGUGCUGGUACGUGCACGCCGACGUGUUGCUCAAGUACGGCCUGCAAGAUCUGCCCGUGCCGAGCCGCUGGAACUACGUGACUGCGCCGCCCGUGCGGGAGAGGGACGGCGAGGCGGGGUCCGCGGUGCCCACGCAAAGUUCGGGGACGCCCCCUGCUGCCGCCGUUGCACGGGAAGGAGGGAGGAAGAUGGCCGCGUCCACCCCCGUCAACACUCGCAAGAUCACGGCCUUCAUACAGAAGCAGGAGCCCGGAAAAGCGGUGUCUGACGUAAAGCUGGAACAGGCGGACCCUGCCGGUGAUGACUGCAUGAUUUUGGAGGAGCAGGAACCCACUCUGCCUUGCAACGAAAGCACAGAUGUUGUACCUCAAGUUCCAGCUGAAAGCUUGCACUGAAAAGGGAUAAGGAAGUAAAAUGAAUCUCACCACGUUUUUAAUGUUUCCUACUGUAUAUCCUGUAUGUCUAGAUCAUUAUAAAAGCUUGAAUCGGAGCACGUGCAUACAGCACAGCAUUUUUCAGACUUGAUUAAAUGCUUAUUUGUACCAUUAAUUCUUAAAUGCAAAAAGAUCGUGAAGAGGAACAGAUUUAUGUAGUUUAUUUGAAACUGUAUUUCAUUUCAUAAUAAAUCUAAUAAAAAGAUGAAUGUUCUGCACAAAUCACAUUGCUGUAGCAGUGGAAUAUCAGAGCAGAAACUAAAGCUGCAUAGUCAUUGGACUUGGUGCCAAAAUUAUUGAGCAGCUGAUGUACAGUUCCCAUAUCUACCGAACGGUUUACUUGGCCCAGUGCUUAUUUACAAAUGGGUUCUGUAACCGUAUCAGUUCCACAGAUCGCUUGGAAUUGGUGGUGGUAGUGGUGGGGAAAUAUUUGUCCAAAUAUAUUAAGCAUUAUAAAAAGGUAACAUUUUGUGGAAACAUCUUUUUUAUAGCACUCUUUUAAUGUGGGUCAACACGAGAUACCAUAAUUCCAAUGUAAUGCCUCUUACAUAUUUGUAUAUGUUUGUGCCUGUGUGUUUAUAGGAACCUAUAAGUGACCUGUGAUCCUGUUGUGGAAAUUAAAUGGUUCGGGCUGCAGAUCUAAACUGGACGGAAGUGGCAAUAAAACGGCAAAGCAGUACAAGGCGAGCGAGAUACGUUCUGUUAAAAUGGUUGGUUAAGCCAAAAUUUGAUAAACGAUCGGUUUCAUUAUACAGAUUUUUUGGGUUAGUGUAAAUUACGCAUUCUAACCCAAAAAAACUGUGGAUAAUAUUGGUCGCGAGAGCCUGUUUCCCCAUAAUACAGGUUUUUUGGGUAGAAUCGCAUAAGUUACAUGUAAAUUACGCGAUCUAAUGGAAAAAAAGUUUUUUAUUGGGUUAGAUGGCGUAAACUCCGAUCUAACCCAAAAAAAACCUGUAUUGUGAAUAUUGCUCGCGAAAGCCUACAUGUUAAACUGAUGGGUUUCCCAUUGAACUCCCAUGUUAAAAGCGGCGUCAUAUUUCAACCCCAAAAUGUUCCACGCUUGAGCAACUUUAUUGUGAGAAAUGCAAAUUCUAAUUUUAAAUAAAGUAAACCAUGAAGUAUAACACCACACAUGAAGAACAACCAGUGCUUGCAAGUGCAUGUCCUCGGCAUCUGAAAUUAAUUAGCGUCGCCACCACCUCUCCCCCACCCACCCAUUAAAAGUGCACAGCUCCAGAGUCUUCUUAAUAUCGGAAGGACGAGCAUUGCAGACGACCACAGAAGCACAUCUGAACGUGCGCGCGCGCGAUGCAAACAACAAAACUACGGGCUGUGCUGCGGCCACGGAACACAUUCGAUCGAUCAGUCUCCGCUUGUUACGCGAACAUUUGCUCGUUUUUCAAACAGUGGUCUAAUUUCAAAUUUAUUGUUAUAACGAAUUCUCGUAGAAAACGCUCAUUAGGCGAGACACACCUGUACUGGACUUUAGCUUUGCACUUCAGUUUAAGUCACAUUGAUUUCCCACAGUGAUUUUAACAUGGUGUUCUAGCAAGUGAAGGGAUGUCCUGGGAUGCUGCUCUCAGGCUUAACACUAUAUAGGUCUCUGAAAUAUAAGACGGGGCCAAUUGGAGAGGGUGGUUUGAUUAGUGAAAAGUUUUCCCCCAUUACAGUAGAUGGGAAUUAAUUUGUUCAUGAUUUUAUGGUGCUAUUGAUGACCGUGAAUAAUGCAAGCUCAUUCUCCGUUAACUUGGUUGCAUGCAAAAUAUAAUCGACCAAAAUACUAACUGCACAUCCGCCUGGUUUUAGGUGAGCAGAGCCUCACAAUCUGUGCCUACUGAUCAGUAAUUUCUCACGUGUACGUGUACUAUAUUUUUUGUUUUGUCUGGACUGUUUUUAAUGCUUUCCAAAUAAUGUUGCUCUGUCCGUCCAUCCUUAAUGGGGAGGGGGGGGGGCAUAACUCUUUUCAAGAAGAUGCAAUAUGAACCAAAAAAUGAGUGUCAACUUGUGUUAUUAGGGACUGACCCAGGUUGCCCAAAACUUGGACAGAAAUUGGCUCAAAGGACACGCUACGGUGUCCUGUCUCUCCCUGCCUUGUGUACUUUACUGGUCAGAGCCACUAUCAAACUCAUUGUAUCAUCACAGCCUCCAGACAUCCUGCGUGCCUGAUGUUAGCACAACUAUCACUCAAAAGGACACGCAUAGAGAAUCCAUGCAUGUGCAUAUUAUUUGUAUUUCUGCCGUCUUUUGUGUACCAUUUGUACUCUCCUGUAUUUGUAUUUUUGUUAGCACGAGCAUUAUUUUCGUAGUGUUGUCCAUCUUGUUCUCUCCCUCGCCAUUGUUGGCCUACCUAUUCUAUGCCGGCUUGUGCAUUUACGUAAAUUAACAAAAAUAACAGUUGUCCAUAAAUGAAAUUUCAACUGUUGGUCAUUGUUUUGAUGCAUGAUUCGUAUGGGUCAAGAAUCAAAUUUCAUCAAUGUGUGGUUCUGGCCCUUUGAGAGACCUCGCCCAGAACUUUGAGAGCCUCGUUUGAAGUGGCUGGGUUUCUUCGGGUACGAAUGACAUUGUAAAAGUAAUGAGCCCACACUGCUGAGAUAGUUUAGAUUUUGAUUUAUUUGGUAUUUAAGUUGAGGGUAAACAUUUUUGUUGUUGCCAUGUGCUGAACACUCUGUAGGGCAUAAAUGUGCCAUUGUGUU